UGCUGCUAUGUAAACAGCGCUGUGCACGUCGCUGCACUGGAGUCUAGGGGAGAGACAGGCAGGCACGGACGGACAGACAAGGGGCUCAGAUCAAGAGAGGGUUUAAGUUGUGGGACUGAAAGACGAGUGGAAAAGGUGGGAGGAUAUUAAACGUGUAACACCAGCAAGUGACAUCCUUCCUCUCUCCCCUAGUUCUCACAUGCACGCAGACACUGUCACUUCAUUACAAAUGUGCCUCUUAUAACAGUCCAUCAGCAUGUGCUAAACCAAGUUCUGUUUACCAAAGAGUGUUAACUACACAUCAUAAUCCAAGAUUUGUGUAAGGACAUAAGGUGACAUUUAAAAGACACAUACGCACAGCUAGUAGACAAAUAACACCUAUCCUGAUUUGACACCAGCAUUUUAACAUUCCAAAACUAAUUCCAAAAACAGAACUAUUGGUUGUUGAACGCACCCAUUAUGGCCUCUGUCACCAAAUCCUCUAACCCUGAGAUCCCAGAUAAUCAUAAGGAAAGCUGGCUGGCACUGCUUGCUGCAGCUGAGGCGUAUAGUCAGAAGGCCGGGUGUGAUUUGGCUAUUCUGAUGGCAUAUAAGAGGUUUGGAGGUUCUGGGAUUGAGGGCGAGGGAGCGAGGAAUCAUGAAGUAGGUGGAAUUCUGUCAUCCGGAACCAAGAAGUGCGAUUAUGCAUAUCACAUUUGGGGUCAAGGGCCACUGGCUGAGUCGUCACGGCGAUACAUGGAUGACAUCGCAGUUCUGCACUCCACCACCGUACUGACGGCACAAAGGCAUAUACGUUUGAAUACAGAAGUGGGAGGAGCCAAACUAGGUGUGGACAUGCCCUCUCAAAGGGUGAGCCUUUCUGGUGAUGGAGUCGGGUCUGUUAGUCCCAACGCAAGACUUUAUUCGCAGAGCUACCCGUCAAUCUACAGCUCAGCUGCUGCUGUGGGGCAGCCUGCAGGGCAUCAUGGGAUUGGAGAGCUUGAUAGAGAGAGAGCAGUGAUAGAGAGACAUGAGAAGUCAAGUGAAAGAACAGACUUUGUGUGCUUUGAGGGGGAGGAUGAAGAAGAAGAAGAAGAAGAGGAGGAAAAUUUGGACGAAAGGAGGCGUAACCUUAAUGAAUCGGCCGGAGUCUUUUCGAUGGAUGAGGAUUCUCUGUCUCGGGACUGUGAACCCUUCUUUGAGUCUGAUGGGGAAGAGGAGAGCACCGAUGGGUCAUUGAGUGAGGAAGCGCCUCCCCCUCCGCGUGGCUUGGCCAUGGGUCGCUUAGCAUCUCGCUCGUCCAACCCCAUGGCAAUGGCGCGUUCACUGCCUGUUUCUGUACCAGUGUGGGGCUACCGGAACAACCACGCCCCACAGGGCGACUCCCACAGCGGAGAAAGGGUGGGCUGUGCAGAUCUGGACCACAUAGCAGCCAGUAUGAAAGCUCUCCUCGUCCCCGGGGCUACAGAUGGUACAGAGAUGUUUGGAGCACUCCCGCGACCUCGUCUUAACACAGGAGACUUCUCUCUCAAACACUGAGAAAAGAGGGUAUAUGUACGAGAAUCAGGGGGAGGCCAGUUGUAAGCUUAAUUGUGCGUGAAAGCGAGUUUAUAAGACACAGUGAGGGAUAUAUUUUAGCAAAGACGUUGCCAAAAUCGAAAGCUUCUCUUGAAUAAAAGUAUUUCUAUCGCAUUGCAAGUGACAGAACCUUUUAAAAGCAAACCUUUCAUUUAUUUUUGCAGGAGGAGGAGUUAAAAAUAUUUGACAUUAAAAUAUUUGAGAAUAUCUGAUGGAUUUAACGAGUGCUUCUCAACCCUGUCCUGGAGCCCCAAACACCAGCAUACAUUUUGGAUGUCUUCACAAUUUAACACAUUUGAUGCGACUCUGUAAGUGACUGCAAGAUCUGAAUUGAGUGUUGAGUGAGUGUUGCUUGGGGGUUUCCAGGACAGGAAGCACUGGCUUAAACCAAACAGUGUCAUACUUUAGUUAUGUAGUGCAUUUCAUUAAGAAACACUAAAUGUACAUCAUUGCAUGACUAGUUGCACCCAGUAUUUGUCCUCUGCAGUGUGGGAUUAACUGAUCGUAUAGGAGUCGAUUUACACACUGAUACUCAAGACAUCCAUCAUCAUCAGAGGAGCAAUGUACAUUCGCAAACACUAUGUGUACUUAAUAUAUAUAGACUACUGGACUUAGUAGUUUAUAUUCCCCAAAAGCUGACUAGAUGUUAAUGUGAAUGCUUAACAAAUGAUGUCAUUUUUAAUCUUUGUGCACUCACUUUAAUUUCUUUAAGAUUUACUUAAUCAGGGCUUUGUAAACACAAGGACAGGAUCUUAUUUGCUUCUUAAUGUUCUGAAAUCCGUUAACUUUGAAAAUGUUCUGAAUUUUUGACAAAUAAGAAGGAUGGUUUACCCAAAACAUGAAUUCUGCCAUUUACUCGCCCUCAUGUUGUUCCUGUUUUCUAGAACACAAGGAGAAAUUUUGCUAAACAUUAAUGCUGCUUUUUCCCAUGUAAAGUGAGUGGGUACUGAGGCUUUCAGCAAUGUUUAGCAUAACAUUCAUUUUUAUACUCCUUGGAUGAGUGAGUCUUAUUGGUUUGGAGCAACAUAUCAGCGAUCGAUGUAGAAUUUUUAUGUUCGUGUGAACUAUUCUCGUAAAUGCAUCUCUGGCUCAACCAGUGAAGCAGAUAUGUGGAUAUGCACAAUGUUCUGUUAUUGAUAGUGUCCUAAUUUCUCUAAAACACCUGUGUGAUUGAAGAAAUAAAAAAUUUUGAACAUGAGACUUUACACUACAAAAGUCAACUUGCUGUGUGUCCAUUUUUAAACAUUUCACAGCUGUUCGAUGUUCAAGUAAAUACGUUUUCAAUAAAACAGUUGUUUGUUGUUGAA